AUGAAUUCGACUAGAAACUCUCAACGCAAUAACAUCAACUCUGCCAUAACAUCUUGGAACUGCAGAGGUAUAAAGAAUAAACUUCCUGAGUUCCAUUCUCCAGAAAACAACUUUGAAAUUUGGUGUCUUCAAGAAACUAAAUUGGCCAAAGAUGCCUACCUAUUCUCUAACACGCAUAACUUCAUUAGAAAGGAUAUCGACACGCCGGGACAAAGCGGUAUAGCUAUUGCUAUCAAGAAAUCUAUAUUCUAUGAAACUCUAGAUCUUUCUCUCCUCUAUCACCCUUCAGUGGAAUUAAUGGGUAUUAACAUAAAAAUUUUGGAUUCUACCCUCACUAUCAUCAACAUCUACAGACAUCUGGGCUCAAAUACCCCCCUAUCUUUUUUCCAACAACUCUUCAACUUUGCAAUGAUCUGUAACAAUACUAUAAUCAUGGGUGAUUUCAAUGCUCACAACAUUGACUGGGGUUGCACCUCCACGGAUAGAUCUGGAAGACUGUUGUCACAAGCUCUGGAUCAAUACAAUCUUAUCAUCUGCAAUGAUUACCAACCCACUCUUCAAAUGCCCAAUAGCGAGCAUAUUUCUAUUAUAGACUUGGUCAUUGCUACGCCUUCUGCAAGCACCCUCUUUGAUUGCUCUACCGGAAAGGAUACCCUCUCUAGCGAUCACUUUCCUAUGUUAAUCCGAUUUAUGUCCAAAAUUAAUCCUAAAAAGAUAUUUAAAUACAAAAUCAAACUCGACGCACAACAAGUAAAAGACUUUUACCACUCCUUAUAUACCAAUCCGCCGUCGAUUAACUCACAAACCUUCCCAGACAUACUCGAUAGAUAUAAAAAUCUGGUUACUACUAUUACUGAGACAUUAUACUCUUUAUUCUCACCAGGCUCUAGAACCCCUGCAUCCAAAUCGGCCAAAGAAAGGAAUCUGGUCGCUCCUCCCUGGUGGACGCAAGAAUGCCAAGACGCUGUUGAAAAACGCAGAGCAGCUAACAUAAAAUAUUUUAAAACCUCCAGCUCAGAGAACUGGACAGCUUAUAAAAAAGAGGUAACAGAAUGCAGAAGAAUUUUGACGAAAACUAAAAAGCAUAAAUGGAGGGACUUUUGCAAGAGCUUUACUGGUAACACGCCCUCUGCUCACCUCUGGAAGCUGGUCAAAGCCUUUAAGAAUAGACGCCUCGCUCCUCCAAUACAAUCUACUGAGGAACUACGGAAGACCCAAUCAACGGCAAUCAACAAAUUAUGCCCUCCUUCUUGUAGUACUUUGAGUACUCCCUCAAUCAAUGAGAUGCUUACAGAGGACUCAAAACACCAUCAGGGCGUUGCUUCUGAUCUUGAUAGACCAAUCACAACGAAAGAACUUCAACACGCCAUCCAGUCCACGAAGCGUACUUCAGCCCCUGGCUUAAACCAGAUUGACUAUGUGGUCAUUCAAAACCUUCCUCAAGCCUACUUGGAAGAACUCCUGGCUAUUUAUAAUGGUCUUUUUGAAUCUGGAAUUUUUCCGGAGGACUGGACCCGCGCCCUGGUCGUUCUCAUCCCCAAGUCGGGAGGUAAGGGAGUCAGACCGAUCUCACUUCUCUCUUGCUUAUACAAGAUAUUGGAAAAAAUUAUUGUUCAGUAA